UUCAUGUAACAUGUGUUGAAACAGAAUCGAAUCUUUUUUUGUUCCAAAUCGAUAAUGAACGAUGAGAAUUUUGGUUGGUUUAAUUUUGUUCAAAAAUUCCUUCUUAAAGAUAAUGAAUUUAAAAUUAAUUUAAAUAAUGAUCGAAAUCCCGAUCAUAUGAUUAAAAUUUGUCAAAAUUAUAUCGACAACAGCAAAUUGAUUGAAAAAUGUUUGAAAAUUAAUCGAAAAGAUUCGAAAAAAUCUUAUGAAUAUCGUUUGAAAGGAAAUGAAUGUUAUGCUAGUGGUUUAUGGAAUGAAUGUCUUCAUUUAUAUAGCCAAUCAUUGCAAUAUGCACCGGUUUCCAAUGAUGAUGAUUCAUUACCAUUAGCAUUUGGAAAUCGUUCGGCAGUAAAUUUUCAACUUGAACGAUAUAAAUUAUCAUUAUUUGAUAUCCAGAUGGCAAUCGAUAAUGGUUAUGGAAAUUAUAAAUCUGAAACAAAAUUACGAAAUCGACAGAUUGAAUGUUUGUUACGAUUGAAUCGUUUGGAUGAUGCUCGAAAAAUAUCCGAUAUGUUUGGAAUCAGAUUUUCAUCGGAUUUAAAACCAUCAAUUUUCGAUUCGACUGAAAAACCAAUUGCAAACAGUGAAAAUGAUAAAAUCACCGAAAAAAUUGGAUUAUUUUCAUCAAAAGUUUGUCUUUCGUACGAUAAUCAUUAUGGUCGUUGUGUUCGAGCAGGUAACAAUAAAUCAAUUGAAUCAAAUGAAUUAAUUCUUAUCGAACAUCCAUAUGUUCAUGUUUUAUUACCACAUUUUGAAUGUAAAUAUUGUCAUCAUUGUUGUCGUCAAUUAUCAACUAUUGAUCAAUUUGAAUGUUGUUCAAAAUGUACAAUUAUUGCAUAUUGUAGUGUGGAAUGUCGAAAAAAUUCCUGGCAACAAUAUCAUCAAUAUGAAUGUUCAUUAUUACCAUUUCUUUGGCAAUUUGGUAUCGGUCAUUUGGUUUAUCGUUUGAUGGCCAAAACUAAUGUCGAUUUAAUUUAUAAUAUUUAUCAAGAUUCGCUAAAUAAAUCAUCAAAAGAAAUUGAACAAAAUUUGCAACCAUUUUUGCAGCCAUCAUCUUCCACCAGCAAAUCAACAUAUUAUGCAUUAUUUUCAUUACAAACUCAUCAAAAUCAAAUGAAUCCUGUAGAUGUUUUGUCCUAUCGUAUGACAGCAACAUUAAUUAUUGAAUUAUUAUUUCGAGCAAAUCGAUAUCAAGCAACGGAAAUCAAAAAUUUGAAACAAAUUCUUAUUGAUGUUUGUUUUCGUCAUCUUUGUCAAACGAUUAUUAAUUCACAUACCGUAAUGAUUCCCGAUUCUAAUGAUGGUUCUAUUCCUAUAGCUACAGCUUUUUAUCCAUCAUUAUCUUUGCUAAAUCAUAGCUGUGAUCCAAAUAUUCAAAUUAUCUUUAAAAAUGGAAUCGAAUGUUUUGUACAUUCGAAUCGAACGAUUCGUUCGAAUGAACAAAUUUUUAAUUGUUAUGGAAUUAAUUAUCGUUCGGCUGAUUAUAAACAACGACAACAAUUAUUAUCGGAUCAAUAUUUUUUCCAUUGUAAAUGUCAAAUUUGUAAAAAUGAAUCAAAAAAAAAAAAAUUUGAAAUUUUAAAAUAA